AUGAACAGCUCCCGAGCUCCUGAUGGCUUCCAGGAUGCUGGGAUUCCCACCAUCGGAGGAGGAGAAGGAAAGUGGGACCAUCCCAUGGUCCUCCUGGUGCUCCUAGCCGGGCUCAGCUUAGCCAGUGGGCUGGGCAACCUCCUCUUGGCCACUGCCCUGGGCUACCAACUUGGGCGAGGAGCACUGGUCCCUGGCACCGCUUGGCUCCUCAACCUGGCAGCGGGGGACCUGAUCUUGGCCCUCUGUGGCCUCCUACCUCCUCGAGCAAUGCUCUGCAAGACCUCAGAGUGGCUACUCCAUGCAGUGUUGGUGGCCAAGAGCUUGACCUGGGUGGCAGUGGGACGAGCCCGGGUGCCACACGUGUGGCCCUCGGGCCAGGGUCCCAGCAUCGAGGGCUGGCGACGUGGAUUGGGGGUCGCAGCUGGCAUAUGGGGUGCAGCACUGCUCCUGGCCCUUCCUCACUUGAUCUUCACCCACUUGGAAGAAGAGGAGGAGGAGGAAGAAGGUGGUCAUUCCAUUGGACUCCACAUGCCUGCCCAGUCCUGUGCCUUCCAGGGCCCCAUCUCUGGCUUUAUGGAGGUCUUUGGCACCAUCCUCUACCCAUUGGCUGCCUACUUGGGCCCUGCCGGGGUGGCCAUUUCCUGCUACUGGCGUGCCCUCCGAUGCCUUCUUCGGAAGGGCCGCUUGGCCCAGCCAUCCAGGCAGCCACCAUCGAGUCGUAGGGCAACAGGAACAUUACUGGGUCUCACCCUCCUUUUCCAUGCCACCUGGUUGCCAGCCUGGGUGGCCUGGAUGUGGGAGAGAUCCCCAGGACACCGGCCAUCCUGGGUUCUAGGGGCCAUUGCCAAGGCCCUGCUCUUCAUCGAUGGUGCCCUUCGGCCGGUUCUUUGGUUCGUUCUCUCCAUGAAGAUGGUGUGGAGGGGGGAUGUUGGCAGACGAAGAGAGGAUGAGGUGGGCACCCAGGGCCCUGGGACCACAAAACCUGAGGGGACCCUCCUGCGAGACCUCAACAGUGGACAACCAGUGGAGAAAAUGCUGCCUGAUGUGGAACAUUUCUGGAAAGAACGGAGGAACAGUCCAGCUGGCGAGGAGAGCGACCCACUUCCCUGGGAGCAUCAAAGUGACCCCUGA